CAGCACUUUGGGGCGGGGCCAUCGGGUGAAGGUCUGGGCGUGUGGGUGGAGCUAAGCUUUGCUGAGGUUGCAGGCGUGUCACAUACCGCAUGUAGUGCUGCUGCUGUACUGGAGAUGUGUGGGUAUCGUAACCUACUGCUCCUGGGGCUCGGCUUGUUCUUACUCUCGACAGCUCAUGGCUACAGGAAGAGGGGACCUGCUGUGACUGCCAAGGUGUUUUUUAAUAUAGGGGUUGGAGGCACUGAUGCCGGCAGAAUAGUUAUUGGCUUGUUUGGAAAAGUUGUACCGAAGACUGUAAAAAACUUUGUUGCUCUAGCAACUGGAGAAAAAGGAUAUGGUUACAAAGGCAGCAAAUUCCACAGAGUAAUCAAGGAUUUCAUGAUCCAAGGUGGAGACUUUACUAAUGACGAUGGAACAGGAGGAAAAAGUAUAUAUGGAGAGACUUUCCCUGAUGAAAACUUCAAGAUAAAACACUACGGUAUUGGAUGGGUCAGCAUGGCGAACGCUGGGCCUGAUACCAAUGGCUCCCAGUUCUUUAUCUCUACAACCAGACCUUUAUGGCUGAAUGGAAAGCAUGUUGUGUUUGGCAAAGUCCUGGAAGGCAUGGCGGUAGUGCACUUAAUCGAGCACCAGCAGACAGAUGAAAGAGAUCGACCUCUGAAAGACUGCGUUAUUGUCAACAGUGGCGAGAUUACUGUAAAAGAGCCAUUUGUGGUAGAAGUGGAUGACUGGCAAGAUUAAAAUAUGUAUUACUUAUCUUUCAUAUUAAGUACUUCUCAAUUAAUGUAAUUAUGUUUACCAUUUCAGCCCUCGACAUUACAGAGUAAUUCUUCAUUCCAUUUUAUGUAGUUUGGUGUUUAGUCGGAUGAAAUAUUCCAGCAAAUAAAAAGUGCAAUGUUUUGGUUUGUUUGCACUACAGGAAAUAAAGAGUCCAGUCAUCGAAGCUUUAUUUUUCCCAGGUGAAAAUAUCUUUUCUCUCACAGAUUUUUAGAGGUUUCCAAAUGGUAAGAUGACACUGGGCAAGGCAUUUGCAGGAAGAAAAAUCUAAACAUGGAAUGAAUGCAAGUUGCCCACAUGUAUGGCCAAUAAACAAAUCUUCCUUUGAAAA